CGACAGAGUAAAAGAACACCCAUUGUUCUUAUUUUAGAAACCCGUUAUAUAAUGAUAACAUGUUCACGUGUUCCUCGUCAUAAGAGUGUUUCAGUGAAUACAAUCGUCAAGUGUAUUUUUGGUUUUGAUCAAACGCUCUAUGCAAUUCUCUUAGACAUCUUUUUCGAUCUCUUUUCUUUAUUUUCUUUCUUUUAAAGAUAAAAAUCUUUUUUUUCUUGUUAAUUUCUCUUAAGUAAACAAUGAACUAAAGAGUUAUUCUUCCUUGAGUAGUUCUCUAGCUAGGAUUUCAAUUGGGUUUUAUAUAAUAAAUACAUAAAUAAAAUAAGAAAUUAAGAAGAAUAACCAGAGAUGGUGAGAACACCAUGCUGCAAAGCAGAAGGAAUAAGAAAAGGAGCUUGGACUCGUGAAGAAGAUGAAAAGCUUACUGCUUAUGUUCAACUACAUGGUGAAAGUGGAUGGCGUACUCUCCCGGAGAAAGCUGGUUAUUUUGAUAAUUUCCUUAUUGUUUAUUGAUUAGGAAUUCAAUAUUUUUUUUUUCAUUAGGAAUUCAAUAUGAUUAGUUAACAACUCAUAUCCUCUUAAUUAUAUAUGUAUUUAUUAACAACAUGUGUACAAUAUGUAUAUAGGAUUGGAGAGAUGUGGUAAGAGUUGUAGACUUAGAUGGGCUAAUUAUCUAGAUCCCGACAUCAAGAGAGGAGAGUUUACUUCUGAAGAAGACGACAUUAUUAUCAAGCUUCAUGCUCGUAUGGGUAACAAGUGGUCCGCAAUAGCAACUAGCUUGCCGGGACGAACUGACAACGCGAUUAAAAAUUAUUGGAACGCAUAUCUCAAAAAGCGUUUAAAACGAAAAGGUAUCGAUCCAAUCACUCAUAAACCGAUCAAUCCAACCGACCAAACCGGUUUCCAACCAAAAAAACAUAAACUCGGUUCAACCGGUUCCGCAAAACUUCUUAACCACGUCGCAAGGAAAUACGCGAGAGAUUUAAACCGGGAUCUACUAACCGGAAUCAUCAUCGCCGAUGGUUCACAAAACUCCGUCCAGGUCGAUUCUCUGACUAAAACCUCGACCUCCACAUUGCUCAACAAAGCGGCGGCAAGAUCAAGUGCUCUCACAUCGUUUCUUACCAACAAUAUGUCCCCAUCUCCCGGUCUUUCCGACAAUCUUGACCUAUUCUUUAGCAACGAAGAGAUCUCUGGUAUGUAUCCGAAUGUUGAUAACGUUGGUGGCAUUAUGGAAGAGUUAAAGGCUAUUUUAAGCCAUGCUGACGUCGGAGAUGUUAAAGACUUGCUGGAGUUUAAUGUAGGUGAUGAGAUGGAGUUUCUUGAUUCUUGGAAGUUGGAACGAAGAAGAUGAUUUGGACUUAUUGAAUUAUUAUUGGGUACGUUAGAUUGGUGUCUUAGUCUGACAAGUGACGAGUCAUAAUAAAAUAAAAUCAAUUACACGUUGGUUACUUCUUUAGUUGAUGUAUUUGCGCACGGGAUCCGUCACUUGGCGGAAAUAAUGAGCGUGUGUUGUAAUAAAAAUAAACAAUAAAAUAAGU